UUCUUUGUUUGAGAGAGAGAGAGAGAGAGAGAGAGAGAGUGAAAAUGGAGAGAUCACCGCCAUUGAUGAUGGAUACAUUUUUCAUCCCACAUGCAAUGUCAGCACAUUCAUUUGAGACAACCGAAUCGAGGCCAUUUCUGAGAAGUUGGAAAGAGGUGGUGAAAAUGCCGAAACCCAAAUCAAUUCUGAUAGUUUCAGCACACUGGGACACCUCUCAUCCUACUGUCAAUGUUUCUCAUCACAAUGAAACCAUGUAUGAUUUUGCCAAUAACUUCCCUGCCUUCCUGUACCAGGUCAAGUACCCAGCACCAGGUGCACCACAAUUGGGACUAAGAGUGAAGGAGUUGUUGAUCAAGUCUGGCUUUGAGACUGUUGAUGAAGAUGGAGAUCGAGGGCUUGAUCAUGCUGCUUGGUUUCCACUAAUGCUCAUGUAUCCAGAGGCAGAUAUCCCAGUAUGUGAACUUUCAGUGCAGUCAUCCAAGGAUGGGACUCAUCACUACCACGUAGGCAAAGCAUUGUCCCCUCUCAGGGAAGAAGGAGUUCUCAUAAUUGGGUCAGGUGGAGCUACAAAUAACGUGGCAGCCAUUCCUCAAGAGGAGGGAGAAGUUUUGCCUUGGGCUCUCCAUUUUAAUAACUGGCUCAAGGAUUCUCUUCUCAGUGGCAGGCAUGAAGAUGUAAUUGAUUAUGAGAAGAAGGCACCCUAUGCAAAGAUGGCACAUCCUGAACCAGAUCAUUUUUACCCUUUGCUUGUAGCUCUAGGAGCUUCUGGAAAGGGAUCAAAAGCUGAGCUCAUUCAUCAGAGUUGGGGUGCUCGUUGUCUCUCUUUUGCUUCCUUUCGAUUUUCAAACAUUCCCUAAAACCUUAGGAGCUAGCUACCUAUAUGCAUUCCAUGGAAAGAACCCACCAACCUGAUAGGUUUUGAAAAGCGGUUGCAGUGACCGUAAUGGUUGCGGUAGCACGAUUGCAGUUGCGGGAUGUAAAGGUGAUAGCGAACGGUUGCGAUAACCAAAACUGUGAUUUUUCUUAUUUUUCGCACAAUUUAAAGGAAACUUAUCGAUACACAUAUUUUUUUUCCAUAA